UCAUCCUCUAUCUCAUGUUUGAUGGAUCAGCUUGACAUUCUGGCUUUGUUGUCUUUCUCUUGAACUCCGACAUUCAGAUUCAUAAAUCAUCAUCUCCUAUCAGUUCAUCAGACAGAUAACACACAUCCAAGGCUUCGUAUGAGGUUGGAGUUGGAGGAGGGAAAUAAUCAGUCCCUAAGAGACAACAGCUAUAGGUGUUGAGCUGGAUGAGACCGACCCACACAUCUCGUUUGGAUCAUGAGGAGCAUGUCCACAGGAGUGGCUGUGUGUGUCAGAGCACAGGGUGCUUCUGGGUCCAGAUAUUUUGCAAUCACAUCCUAUAAGGGUCUUUGCAUGACAGCAGCAGCAGGGACUGUGGUGGAUGGAAAGUUAGAAGGAGGUAAAGGAGCAAUGAAGGAGGUGAGAAAGAGGGGUGUGGAUGGACAGGUGCGCAGCUUUGAGGAGAUCCCUCACACGGGGAGAAACGGCUGGAUCAAUCUGGUGAAGUUCUGGAGAGAAAAUCGCUUCCAGACCCUCCACAAGCACAUGGAAAGGACCUUCAAUGCCCUCGGCCCCAUCUACAGGGAAACAGUGGGAACGCUAAGCAGUGUGAACAUCUUGUUGCCAUCUGACAUCAGUGAACUGUUUAAGUCGGAGGGCUUGCACCCUCGAAGGAUGACCCUUCAGCCGUGGGCAACACAUCGAGAGAUACGGAAGCACAGCAAGGGAAUCUUCCUCAAGAAUGGCGAGGAGUGGAGAGCUGACCGUCUGCAGCUCAACAAGGAGGUGAUGAUGACUGACGCCGUAAAGCGCUUUCUCCCUCUCCUUGAUGAGGUGGCGAAGGAUUUCUGUCGAAUGCUGCAGGCGAGAGUGGAGAAGGAGGGAAGAGGAGAGGAGGGCAAGCGUGGUCUUACCAUUGAUCCCAGUCCUGACCUUUUCCGCUUUGCACUGGAAGCCAGCUGCCAUGUGCUUUAUGGAGAGCGUAUCGGCCUCUUUUCGUCGUCUCCCUCUCUGGAGUCUCAGAAGUUCAUCUGGGCAGUGGAGCGAAUGUUAACAACCACCCCUCCUCUUCUCUACCUUCCACCUCGCCUUUUAGUCCGCAUCGGCGCUCCCCUGUGGACCCAGCAUGCCACAGCAUGGGACCACAUCUUCAGUCAUGCUGAAGCGAGGAUCCAGAAGUCUUACCAACGACUAUCAUCCUCCCAGGGUCAAAGGUCUGUGGCUGGGCCAGCUGGAGGCAAAUACACUGGAGUUCUGGGCCAACUCAUGGAGAAAGGGAAGCUAUCUUUGGACCUUAUAAAAGCCAACAUCACUGAGUUGAUGGCUGGAGGAGUUGACACGACAGCUGUACCCCUGCAGUUUGCUCUGUUUGAGCUAGGACGCAACCCUGAGGUGCAGGACAGGGUUCGACAGCAGGUGAGGACAUCAUGGGCACAGGCGGGCGGUGACCCUCAGAAGGCCCUGCAGGGGGCACCCCUCCUGAAAGGCACAGUCAAAGAGGUUCUCAGGUUGUAUCCAGUGGGGAUUACAGUGCAGCGGUAUCCAGUCAGAGAUAUUGUUCUUCAGAAUUACCACAUACCUGCAGGGACUUUGGUCCAGGCCUGUCUUUAUCCAAUGGGAAGGAGUGCCCAGGUGUUUGAGGAUCCACUGCGCUUCGAGCCUGGCCGGUGGAGCACCAGCAGGGAGGACAGCCGGAGAGGAGAAGGGGCAGGUUUUCGCUCGCUGGCAUUCGGCUUUGGGGCGAGGCAGUGUGUGGGGAGGAGGAUUGCUGAGAACGAGAUGCAGCUUUUACUCAUGCAUAUCCUGCUGAGCUUCCAUCUCAACGUGCCUUCUUCAGAGGAUCUCAAAACUGCCCUUACCCUCAUCCUCCAGCCUGAGACUCAACCAAAGAUCACUUUCACCAAGCUCUGACACAAAGAAGAGAAUUGAGUUAUUAUAACUGAUAUGUUGAAUAACGCAAUUUAAGCUCGGUUUAAUUAGUUAAAUCCUAGUUAUAACAAUAAGAAUUUUAUGCAAGUCAUGCUUUGCAUUCAGUUAUAAUGGAGUAAAAUAAAUGAUUAUUUUC